AUGUUCAAAAAGAUCCAUUCUAUAUUUCACCCCAACUUCAAGCAAAGAAACGUGACAGAUGACAUCCCUUACUGUGAUGGCGCAGGUUCUGCAGUGAGACUGAUCCGCAGCACCUCUAUGUACGUCCUUGGAAGUGAGCAGGAAAAAGUCAGUGAACCACUAAAAAAAUGCAGAAGUACAACCAGCAUUGACUCUUGCUUUCAGUCAAAAGAGGAAGACAGAGACUGGAUGUACUCUAAGACUCAGGACUGCCUUAAGUACCUACAGGAUCUGCUAGCCUUGAGGAAAAAAUAUCUUGAAAACAUCAAUAACUUGAAAUCCAUGCAUAUGGCUGCAGAUUCUCCAGCAUCUACAAGAUCAUCCAAAACUGGAAAAAAGUCAUUUCUUCCACUUCCUUCCAAAGAGUCUUCUAAGGCAUCCAUGGAAAGAAAAGGCCCACAGUCCAGUUCAGAUGUAAGAGAAGCAAUAGCUUUUUUUGACUCAGUGAUUGCAGACCUGGAUUCAGAGAGAUGGCGGAGAGCUCCUGACACGGAUCUGCCAAAUGUGGAUGUUGAUUUUGAUGUUGCUACCAGUACGAGUGAACACAGUUUGCAUUCAAACUGGAUCCUCCGUGCUCCCCGGAGAUACUCGCAGGAUACUGCCCAAGCAGCUAAGGCUGCAAACCAAUCUCAAAGAAACAGUCAGCGGAGAACCACUGCCUCUAGGAAAAGGUUGGAAAGGCAUCCCAUGUACUUGCCCAAAGCUGUGGAAGGGGCAUACAGCACUUUAAAAUUUAAGCCUAAAACGCGCAAGAAAGAAUGUUGAAAGAAGAAUGUUCCCUUUUCCCUUGAAGACAGAAUAUAUGAAAUUGGGCAUGUAAGAUCUGCAUUUUUAAUUUUUUUUACCACUGAUCCAUCACUUACGCUCUAGAAGUGACCUGUGCAGUCACUGAAGGUUCUUUGUGGGGGGAUGUAUUUUAAGCCAUGGUUAUUCCAAUGUUGGACUCAAAUGAGGGUUUAACUCAUCAAAUUUUCUGUGCCUAACAAUACUGCUUUGUCAUUCCGCCUUGGGGGGAACUCCAGCUUGACAACCUUUUUUCUAGUGCUGUUAGAGAAAGCAAUGAUUCAGAGAUUGCCUGGUGCAGUAAUUUUUCUUCUGACUUCAGUACUGCAAAGUGGUUCAAAGAAUUCAGUGAAUAUGUUGGAGCUUUUGCAGCAGUGUUUCCAAUGUCAGAGCAGUGAAGCAGAAUUUUCUCCUUUUGUUGCUCAUGAAAAUUUGUACGUGCCAUCGUUGACUCUAUGGUCUGAGAAUAUACAGCAGCACCAAGAUACACAUAGUCUGCAGUACAAGCAGAAAAAAGCUUCAGUGAGGGAAUCAGCAUUAGAAACUUGUAUUUGGGGAAAUAGUGUGCUCCAGUGUUUUGUACUCUGCUUGCUAUUGGUAAUGGUUCUGUUGUUGGAUACAUCAAAAUAUUUACUGCAUGCAAAAUAUAUAUGCAGCUUUUUACAUGUGUUUACACCACUUGCUAGUUUUCAUCUAUUUUAACACCCAGCUGAUGAAUCUAGAUACCCUAGUGUACACUAGAAAAGCUCAAAGUCAUGGAGAACAUUUUGUGAAUAAAUUGGAGCAAAGGUUGUUCUCAGGGGCAAAAGACAACUUGCAGACAAAGCCACCACAUCACCUUUAGAUUAUACCCAAUAUUUGGAAUUCUGCCUCUCCAUCACUGAAGACAAUAUAUUAGGAUGAAUGCAGUCUAGAAGUGUUCCUCUUCCUCUAAGAGGUGAUGUGUAUUCCAUGUGAUACUUGGAAUUAAUAAGACCAAUGCUCUGCCUAUUUUACCCAGCUCAUACUUUGUCUUAAGAAUUUGCUAAGGUGUUUGGGAUCAAGGUU